ACCACGACCAGCUCGACAUACUCCUCGUCCCAUCAGCAUCAUUUGUUCGGAGCCAUAGCUAGAAAUGCCGCCAAAGAAACAGGCCCAGCCGAGCUCGUCGUCCAAGCUCAAGGUCGACAAGACCUUCGGCAUGAAGAAUAAAAAGUCUGCGAAGGUCCAAAAGGAGGUAGCGCGGAUUCAGGCGCAAGCCUCGAUGGCCGGUAAAUCCCCUGAUGUACUUGCAAAGGAGCGCGAGAAGGAACUGCGCGCGAAAGCCAAGGCCGAAGAAGAGCAGCGCAAGAGAGAUGACGCUGCGCUCCUACGCCCGGUGCAGACUCAGAAGGUGCCGUUUGGAGUGGACCCCAAGACGCUGCUGUGCACGUUCUUCAAAGCGGGUCACUGCGACAAAGGGGUCAAGUGCAAGUUCAGUCAUAAUUUAGAUGUCGAAAGGAAGGUUGAGAAGCGCAAUCUAUACGCGGAUACUCGGGAGGAGAAGUUGGCUGAUACGAUGGAUACCUGGGACGAGGCGAAGCUCAGAGAGGUUGUGCUCUCGAAACACGGCAACCCACGGACAACAACCGACAUUGUCUGCAAAAAUUUUAUCGAGGCAAUCGAGACGCAAAAAUUCGGCUGGUUCUGGCAAUGUCCAAAUGGCGAUCUCUGCCAAUACCGGCACGCACUUCCUGCAGGGUUUGUACUGAAAUCACAGCGCAAAGCUGCGGAAGCAGCUGAGAAGGCAAACACGAUCACACUGGAAGAGUUUUUGGAGGUCGAGCGACACAAACUAGGUACAAAUCUGACACCGGUGACACGCGAGACGUUUGCCAAGUGGAAGCAAACACGGAUGAACAAGAAGGAAGCCGAGGUGGAUGCUAUGCGCAAGGCGAAGGAUCAGCAGCACGCCGCUGGCAAGAAUUCGGGUAUGAGCGGACGAGAUUUGUUCCAAUUCAACCCCGAAUGGUUCGAAGACGAGGACGAGGGAGACGAGGACUCGUGGGAUCUUGCAAAGUACAGGCGCGAGCAGGAAGACGCGGACCUGGCUGCAGAAGAGGAGCGGAUCAGGGCCCUGGCGUUGCAAGACGAUGGUGGUCAGUGAGAUCGUUCUCCCUGACAUGGUUUGUUGCAUGUGUAUCGGAUAUUGCGGAGGGCGUUGCGGCUGUGUCACGACGACGGCCACUGUAUGGAUAGCGGAAUGUUUUCAACCAAGCAUCAACGUAUGUCCAAUGCACGAUAUUUUUUU